CGUCAUGCAACCUUUAAUAGUUUUGUUUGUUCAAAAUCUAUUUUUUAGUUUAGGUAGUACACACUGAUAUAGUCUGAUGACGGAGUUGUUAUUACAAAACAUGAGUCAUCCAACUUUGAGUGGUAGCAAGUUGAAGACACAUUUCACAACAACUGCUUUAUUUUUACCAGUUAUGACAGCACCAACCUCAGCAGCAGAUCUGGUCAGCUUGUUUGAAUGUCCUGUCUGUUUUGAGUUUGUUCUGCCUCCUAUUCUUCAGUGCCAAAAUGGACAUCUUGUGUGUUCAACUUGCCGGCAGAAAAUCACUUGUUGCCCAACAUGUAGGGCACCAAUUGGUAAUAUCAGGAAUUUGGCUAUGGAAAAGGUGGCCAGUACAGUUAUGUUCCCUUGCAAAUAUUUUGCUUCUGGAUGCAAUGCUCAACUGUUACAUACAGAUAAACAGGACCAUGAAGAAAUAUGUGAAUUUAGACCGUAUUCUUGUCCUUGUCCUGGAGCAUCAUGUAAGUGGCAAGGGUCUCUUGAACAAGUAAUGACUCAUCUCUUAGCAGUCCACAAAUCUAUUACCACUUUAAAAGGUGAAGAUAUUGUGUUCCUGGCUACUGAUAUAAACUUGCCUGGUGCUGUUGACUGGGUGAUGAUGCAAUCUUGCUUUGGUCAUCACUUCAUGUUGGUCCUUGAAAAACAAGAGAAAUAUGAUGGCCAUCAACAAUUCUUUGCAAUUGUUCAACUGAUUGGUACCAGAAAACAAGCAGAAAAUUUUAUCUAUAGGUUGGAACUAAGUGGUCAUAGGAGAAGGUUAACAUGGGAGGCAACUCCAAGAAGUAUUCAUGAUGGGGUCCAGUCAGCCAUCAUGAAUAGUGAUUGUUUGGUUUUUGACACUAGCAUAGCCAAACUCUUUGCUGAUAAUGGCAACUUGGGAAUCAACGUCACUAUCAACCUGUGCUGAAUCGUUUAUAGUGUUUACUGUACAUUCAAGACAGUCAUGUAACAUCACUUAAUGUUCCAGUACAACCCAGGGUUCAAGAUCUCUGGCUGUGUUUGUAUAUUCAGUAUGCAACACUGCUGUUCUCGUGCAGUUUAUUGUGAUACCAGGAGUAGUACUAUAAGUUACAGUUAUUCUCCAAGAAGGCAAGCAAAUUCCCCAGGAUUUGUUCUUGAGGUAGUGUGAAGUGGAUAUAGUUUCUUGAACGAAAGCUAAUCAAAAUUUAUUACAAGUAUGAAAAAAUUGACUAUUUUUGGUUUUGUAUGUGAUAGUUUAACUAGCCCAAAUUUGCAUAUUCAUGUACCUAUUGUAUUAUAUAAGAGACUGCAUUAAGUGUAAAGUACAUAACCAACCUUACAGAAAUUUUGUUGGAUAUUUUAUAUGGUUCUGUUUGGUAGUUCUAUUUAAUAAACAUAAGUGCUUUAAACAUUUUACCAGCAUUUAAUGUAAUGAACUACACAUUUUAAUUCUCUCUUAUUUUAAAUUAGUAAAGUUUUGUUUGUUUUUGUGUUUAUAGCUCUUCAUUAUUAUUUCAUACUGAUAAAAAAAAGACUGAAACACUAUGCAAAAUAGACCUAAAAUUCGUGAAAUCAUGCAGUCAGGCACAAUAAAAACAAGGAUAGAUUGUAUGAGUUCGAUAAGGAAAAUAUGUCGACCAGCACUGAAAGGAAAGGACUUUUGAAUUGAAGCAGUCAGACCUAGGGGCUUGUCUCUGUAUGCCUUGCCUAUUAUCAUAUAUAUAACAUUGUUAGAGGAAGAAGUUACAAGAUGCAUUCUUUCCACUGUUAUUGAAACUUUUUAAAGUCGUCGUCGUAAGUAUUUGAAGAUAAACUAGCUUGUAAAAAUAUUCUAAAUCAUACGUUAUCCAAAUUGAGUAUUUUUACACCUGACCUCUUGCUGUUAGGGUUUUUAGAAAGGGUUGGUGUUCUCUUACACUUCCCAACAUGAUUUUAUGUGUUGGGGUUUGUAUAUAUAUGUGUCUGUAGAUAUACACACAACUUUCAAUAAAUUCUUCAGUGAUGAUAAAGGUAAGAUUAUCCUAAGAAAGGGGUGUGACAAUUUUUUUUUCACUUUUGGAUUGUUCAUUUGGCCAAUCUAUUAAAGUACUGUGAAUUCUAUAUUGUAAAUAAUAUACAAGGUAUAAUGUUAAUUUCAGGGUCUUGGAACCAGGUUUCAAAGACCUUUACAUAUCUAAUAAAUUCAAAUACUUUAUAAUCACAUCAUUUUAUUGUUUAUUUGUCUCUAUAUUAUUAUUAUCCAACUGUAUUAUGUUACUGACAGUGUAUUGCAUUAUUAAUGUGUAACAUUAAAAUGUUUUAACAGUUAGUGGAAUGCGGCAUCUAUCUCACGUACGUUAUAGUUUAUUGUUUUUCAUUACUUGUUUUUAAGGGUUUCAAAAUGCGUACUACAAGCAAGUAACAUGGGCAAAAACUGCUCGUAUCUUUGAAAAAUUCCGCAAUGUACAACUCAAAAAUAUUCUAUAUGAAAUAAAACUUUUCUUUUUUUUGCCACGUUAAUAUUUAAACCUGUGCAUCCACGGGCUGACUUAGUUUAAUGCUAAUUAAUAUGGGGAUGGUAAAAAAAGGGGUAUACAGUUUUUUUUGUUUUUUUUACUCGAUAGAAAUAAAAAAACACCGACGUGUAUUAGUAAAAUACAAUUCAAUCAAUAUAUUUCCUCGAUGACUUUAUAGAUGGCGGUAGUUUUAUGUAGAGCAUUGAUAUUGCAGACAGUUCAUUUUUGUGUUCUAUGUAUUGUUAUAUCAUAAACAAUUAAUAUAUGUUAUGUAAAAAUUAUAGAAAGUAUAAUCAAACAGCCUUAUCGUUAGUUCUUUGGCCUGGUUUUUUAAUUGUCAAAAAAAUAAAGACAAUACUUUAUUAUUAUUUUGUUGGGUCAGGUGUUACGUAGUAGUUAGAGUACCGGACUUUGAAACCAGGGUUCAUGGUGUACAUCCCAUUACCUCAGAAUCGCGCUCCGCACUUUGGGGCGGUGGGCAAGUUAACGAAUGUCAGUCAAAUCCCACUAUUUGAUUAUAAUAGCCAAAGAGUUGCGGUGUGUGCUGUUCUUUUAGUCUAUCAGUUCAAAGGAAGGAACGGCUGUGUGCAGAUAGCCGUUGUGUAGCUUAGUACUAAGCCUUGUAGGGACUUCGGUAAAUUUACGGACUUACAAUGCUAAGAUCUGGGAUUUAAUUUCUUAAUGUAGACAGAGUGCAGACAGCCCGUUGUGAAGUUUUGUACCAAGAACAAACAAAACUUAUGGUUUAGAAAUUUCAUUUUAUCCAAAGUAUCUAUUAAUGUAUUUUUUACUGGUAUAUAAUAUAUAUUUUUUAAAAGCAAAAUUCCAGUAAUUAAAAUAUUGAUUAAGCAGUAACGUUUAUCCUAUUCCCAUACUGUUAAGUUGAAAAACUUACUUUGUUUUUCUUGGUAUUAAGUAGCAGUGCAGUGACGAGGUUCGAGCACGUGCAUUCAUAUAGUGUGGUUAAAACUGUUACAAUUCUGUUUUUACUUGGUGGAAAUUUCUACUAAAUGUUCAUGUACUUCAAUGAUAUAAAUUUUACUUAACUCCUUUUUUACUCUUUUUACAACCCUCAUGAUUUCCACCCAAACUCUCACUUGAACUGAAAGAGAUCUAAAAGUAACAUCUGCCCACCCUUAUCUUUUGUAUCACUCACAAAUAGUUUCUGGAAGAGGAACAAGCAAGAAAAUGGAACUGAAGUUUUUAAGUAUGCUCUAAGAUUAGUAACAUGUUUUACCUUUCUUAGAGGUAAAUGUACCGUGUAGGUUGGUUUUUGUUAAUGUUAUUUCAGUACUGUUGAAAGAAGAUAGUUUCUGCAAACCCCCUCCCAAUCAUACCACCACUGAAACAUCUGAAGUAAUUCACGUGCUAGAUCAACAAAUUACGAAGUGUCACCAUGGUGACCACAGACCUGUAAUAUUCGCCCAUAAUACCUUUUACUUUGUACUAUCCUUUUCGUCUGGGUUUGCACUUUCCAUGCCCUUUAAAAACCCUCAUUACAUCAGUGUUUACGUUCUUUGUCACACCCGAAACUCUCCGUUACUUGAGUAUGUACAGCCUUCACAAAAUCUUUAAAACUUUUCCAAGUAAAGUACCUAUCAAAAUAUAAUUUAACAAAAAGGUGUUUCAUCUGUCUCAAUCCAGUGAUUUUCUAUAAUUUUACAGAUACAGCAGUUUUUAAAAAUAUAAAAUUGGAUUUAUGUUGGAACUUGGUACCAUGGUUUAAAAAGUUGUAUACCGGUUCCAUUAAGUACUUGGAAGUGUAUGGGAUAAAAAUCUUAGUUAAGUGCUACUUUAUUAUGAAAUCAGUGUGACAUAAAAACACGACACGUUACUGGAUGAUGUAAUAUUUAUAUAAAGAACCUCAAUGAACAGUGACCAAUAACUAAUUUCACCUAUCCUUAUAAAUCAUAGGUCUUAUAGGUGCCUUCCAAGGUCAAAUUUGUUAUUUUGUUACUCCUCAAUACUUUAAUUGGAAGCAGAGAAAGUGUUAAGAGUUCUUGUUGGUUGGCGAGAAUAUACUUCACGAGUUAUCUAAGACCUUGAAGUAUUCUUGGAAUUAAUAAAGGUUAAAAGUUAAUAUGCACGAAAGUAAUAUUACACAAGUUACGACCUCUAGAAUUAUUGCACUCUCACACUUGGCUGUCAGGCGCUACAAGAUAAUCAUCGAACUUACAAUAAGCUUUUCUUCUGAUGAUGAUGCAUUAUUGCCAAUUUCAUUAAACGGUCUAAGACGUUAUUGAAGACUAGGAUUACGUUUUCGAUGACUGGGGUGAUAUUUUAACUAUCGUGGCUUAGUAAAUACAUUUCUGAGUCACAUCCUAGACUUGUUCUGUCGAUUUCAAAGCAAGGGCUUUAUGCUAUGACCAGUAACUUGACCUAAUCGUGGAAGUUGAUACAGUAUGUAACUAUGGGAUCAAGAUUCUGCACAGUAGAUAAAUCUUAUUUGAAGUUCUUCAAUGUCAUAAUAAAGUAAAAACAAUUUCUUUA